UUAAUCUUCUGGUUUGAUUUCCUGAUGUCUGAAGUCUGCAUUGAUCAAGACCGUGUGACUCUGAGUAGGAGGACAAACUCAGAAAUUACGUACAAGUUUGUGAAUUCUGAGCUAACCGGUUACUAUUAAUUUGAGGUGAUCACCAUCAUCAUGAUAACUUCACCGGAAAUCAAACCAGAUGCCAUGCCCACUUUAGCAUCACCGUUCUCUCACUCGCAGGUAGCAGUAGUAAAGUGCUACUGAAAUGCCGCCUAAAAAAUAUAUGGCUGAUGGUUUAUUAAGGAGUACUAUUGUGAAAUGCUUUAGAAAUUCAGGAACUUGAGCAUCCAAAAAAAAAAAAAAAAGGAUCUUGGAAACCUCAUCUACCAUGAAGUUUGCACUCAAAGGCGCGAUUGGGUUGUACGUCUUUACAGUCACGCCUUGUAUGAUCUGAUGUAUUGUUGUUGCUGGUAUAAAACGAAUUGAAGGCCGUCGACGAAUUAAAUCAUCUCUCUCAUCAGUCUCACACCUUUAUAUCAACAACAGGAAACCAUCCACCCACCAUACAGAGCUUGAUCAAUUUUCUCCAAGUGAGAGCUGAGCUCCUCUGCUUCAGUAGUUAGUACUAGUUCGUUUUGACCUUUGAUUUACCAAUCCAUCGGCAGAGAAUUAGCCAGCUGGAGUGCUAGCCGAUAAUGGUCACUGAUCACCUAAUUCCCCUGUAACUAAGCAUUUGACGAUGGUCGAGUAAUCGGUCCAGCGACACGAGAUGUCAGGUCAGAAUGGUGAAAAAAGUUAGGCUUUCUUUGGGGGUUAGUAUUAGCAUAAUGGAAUAGUUUCGGGAGUCAAUAAUUAAUUUAAGAUGGGGGGAAAAUGUGCAAUUCUGGAAUCUCCCUCCGUCGACGCAAUUCAAAUAAAAACCGAGAGCGCCUUUGAUUCGUUCCUUCAACGGUAAACUGCUUAGUGCUCACCCAACAUUCAAAGAAGACGAAGAAAAAGGAAACCUUUCUCGUCUAGUCGCCGUCGGCAGCCGUCACUCUACUUGUCUAGUGCCGUCCGUCGGUGUAGUGGUUCGGAGGUGAAAGAAUUUUGAAGGAAGGGAAAUCCCACUCCCCCCAAUACAUUCUUUGAACAAAAACAAGAAACUCUCUGCCCUCUCAAUCUGAAGCAAGAAAAUAUUUGUGCGAAAACAGCACCGGACGCACAAAUGGUGGCCGUUGCAGUUAAGGGUAAAUCCAAACCUUCACAUCAAGUCAUCGAGGAAGACGCCAAUAAGUCAACCAAGAAGAGCAACACUGCCCUUGGACGACUCCCAUCUUUCAAGAUAUUUGCAGAACCGCCACCACCAUCUAAUGGCGGGAGACGUUUGGGCAGUGCAACUGGCUCUCAGAGUGGUAUCAAGAACUUGGAGAAGAACAAUGGCAAGAAGGACAGUUCUGUGAAAGCAAAUAUCGGAAGAAAAGUUUUGGCUGAUAUCAGUAAUGUCAGGGGAAGCUUUUCAGGGCCAAAGGCACACAAUAAAUCCAAAUCAUUGUGUAUUUCUAGGAAUUCAGCGGCUGGCACUCAGGCUGGGGGUUGUUCAUCAAGAAUGCCUUUCACUGGAAUUGUGCGGAACAACAUGACUCAAGCUUCUGGAAGCCACCACACUGUGAACAAGGCUGACAAGGAUAUAAAGAUCACUUCCUCUAAUGACCUUGGGACUUUGACUCGAGGGUGCAAAUUCGUUGACACGAGUAGGAAAUCUCGUGGGGAUUAUCUGCCUCCAAUAAGAAAAUCUUUCCCAGUAACAGAACAAGUCAAAAAGGUUCCUAUGAAUGGUACAAAGGAGGAAUCUACUGAAAGCUCUGAGAGGCGUAGGGGAAAAUAUGGAUUUCAAGUUAACUCCAAAGUUGGCAGAAAUGUGGCUUCCCGGGUGCACAACUCUCAGAAUCAUCUCCAGAAAGUUCGAGUUAGUGAUGGAUACAUGGUUAUGGCUUCCAAAGGUCGACAUAACUCUAGACCCGGAACAAUUUCAAGAAGAUCUGUCAAAGUUGAAAGGACCUUAAACUCAAAUGGUGUUUGUGGCUUCAAUAAGCCACCUGCUGGUUCUGCUGCUUCGUCCAACAGAAAGGAGGAAAAGGCCAAAUGUUCUUCAACAAAACAUGUUGCAUCAGUAAUUCUCAGUGGACAAACUGCUCAACACGAUGUUUCUUCUUCUAGCAAGAGUGACUCAGAUAGAACUACAGCAGAUAAUGUUUCUAGGAGAAAACCUGAUCGAAGAAAAUCUUUUACUUCUUUACUGAUGUCACAAUCAAAGGAUGAUUUGCCAAAUAUCUAUGAUAAUCAUAAUCAUCUUGAAGUUACUGAAUAUGUUGAUGACAUCUAUCAGUAUUACUGGGUUUUGGAGGCACAUAAUCAGCCGUUGAAACAUUAUUUGGAUAUCCAGAGUGAAAUUACACGUCAAAUGCGUGGCAUAUUGAUCAACUGGCUCAUUGAAGUACAUCUAAGGUUUGAUUUGAUGCAAGAAACACUUUUUUUGAUGGUUACACUAUUAGACCAAUUUUUAUCCUUGGUAAGCAUCGGGAAGAACAAAAUGCAGUUAGUUGGCCUUACUGCACUCUUGCUGGCAUCAAAAUAUGAGGAUUUUUGGCAUCCAAGGAUCAUGGACUUAAUUGGCAUUUCAGCAGAUUCAUACACAAGAGAUGAAAUGCUUGGAAUGGAGAAUACUUUUCUAAAGGCACUCAAGUUCCGUCUGAAUUCACCAACUCCGUAUGUCUUUAUGCUACGGGUCCUUAAGGCUGCUGGAUCAGAUACAGCGUUUGAACAUCUUGCCUUUUACCUCAUCGAGCUGUGCUUAGUUGAGUACGAGGCUUUGAAAUAUAAGCCCUCAUUGCUAUGUGCAUCAGCCAUCUAUCUCGCUAGAUGUACAAUGGAAAUGAAUCCAACAUGGACCCCACUGCUUGAGAAACAUUCCCGCUACAGAGAAUCUCAAAUCAGAAGCUGCGCAGAGAUGAUCUUGAAAUUUCACAAAGCUGCUAAAACAGCUAUGCUGAAAGUAACAUAUGAGAAAUACAUGAGGUUUGAGUUCGGCAGGGUUGCAGCUAUAAAUCCAGUAGAAGUGCUUCCCCAGUGCAGUCAUGAAAAUCAAUGUUACAAGAAUUGAACAGAGCUAAAAUUUAGAUGAUGAGGGCUAGAUGGACUGCUCAUAUAAUGAGCUGAAACCAAAUCCAUUGUAAUCUUGCCCAGACAUGCGACUCAAUUGUCGCUGAAAUUGUUGAACAUAGAUGUUGUAUUGAGAAAUAUGAUUCUAAAUGGUAGGAGCCAGACACUGGUUUGGACGUAUUGUGCACUAUAAUUAGAUUGAAGCCUUAUAUC